AACCAUGGGCUUAGUCUAACCACUCCGCCAUCAUAUAUACCUAAGCCAGAGAGAGAGAAAAGAGAGAUUGGAUUGAGAGUUGUGAGCAGCAAUACAAAUCACAUACCCAAAUCCUUCUUCAAGUGAUUUUUGAUACAAGAGAGUCAUGUUUUGCAAAAAUUCUAGGCCGGUAAUCGAAAAGCUGACCGGAAAAUUGGUUUCCGGCAGCUGGGUCAAGCUAAGGGAUGGAACUAUAAGUCCAAGAAGUCCUUUGGAGUUCAAGAUUCAAUCACCAAGAGGUGUGAAGAAUUUGAAUUAUGAUGUUGGUGGGGUUGGAUUGGGUAUUGUGGCCGCCCUCGACAAGUCCGAUGAGAAUGGCAAUAAAAUUCAGGUCACUAAGAAGGCAGCCUUGUGUAGUCUGAAUUUGAAUCGGUCUAAACCAAUUCCGGUUGUUUCAGCUAGACAUAGAGGAGGUUCUGAGGAAAUGGACAUGGAUGAUGGUUUGGAAGAUUAUACCUUUGUGACUUGCCAUGGACCUAACAAGUCCCACACCAGAGUUUAUUGUGAUGGAGGAGAAUAUAGAGGUAGACAACAUAAAAUUGAGCCUGUUACUACUGAUCAGAGAAGAUCUACAAGCGUUCGUGCUUGUGUCUUUGACAUAUCGCCGGCAAGAUUUGGAGACGUCCCGGCGUACCCGGCCUCCGACUUUCUCAGUUCAUGUCACUUGUGCCAGAAAAAGCUUCAUGGCAAAGACAUAUACAUAUACAGGGGAGAGAAAGCAUUUUGUAGCACAGAGUGCAGAUACAAGCAGAUAGUCAUGGAUGAGCGCAAGAAACAAUGCAGCUCUGAAGCUUCGAGAUCUGCAGAUGUUUCAAACUCGCCUUACACAAAUGGCCAGAUGUUUUCAACUGGCAUUCUAGCAAUUUAGAAUGUAUACAAACAUAUAUCCACACCACAGCCAUGACUAAGUUCAUGGUACUCUGUGAAUGUGUAUACGGGAAUACUACUACUAUAUAUGAGAUUGAGUAUAUUGUUGAAGUCUUAAUUCCUUUUUCACUUUCUUCAUAUGCAGUUAUAAGAGAACUUUUUUGAACUUGCAGUUUGAUCUUACAUUCUUGAUGAUACACCCAACCAAAAAAAAAAGUAAUCAUCAUAAUUAAUCAUCUUCUUAAUCUUCUACAAAUCGGGUCAGGAUUCGAUCAUCAAAAAGCC